AUGACAUGGACCAAGUGUAAGAAACUGCAAGAGACAACCUUGUUUCACGGCCCUGCGGACCCAUUCGUCCAUGGGCACGACGUCGACAGCGGAGCCGAUCUCCCUCUCGAGCAGGUUUCUCAUGUCCGGGAGGGCCACGACGCGCUCGCCCGACUCGUACAGGUACUUGACGUGGCCGGGCCACGAGUAGUCCUCGUAGACCUCGUCGAGGAUCAGCAGGGCGGCCCUGUCGACCGAGAUGAAGUCGAGGCACCCGGUCCAGGCGCUCGUGUCGGGCGUCGCGGCCAUGGUCCGCGAGAAGCCGACGAGGUUGGCCACGAGGUCGUUGGCGGGCGCCCCGGGCCCCGUGAUGGACGACGGGCGGUGGAUCCAGAUGGGGAGCUCGCACCGGUCGCUGACCUUUUCGAGGUGGCGCUCCGAAGCCCACUUGGUCGCCAGGUAGCCGUCGGUCCCGGCCGGCGGCGGGAACCCGCCCACGGACCUCUGCUCCCAGCCGUCGUGGCCGGUCAGGGUCGCGACGGCGGCGGUCGAGACGUAGUGGAACGACGUCUGCCGCGGCAGGCUCAGGCGGACCAGCUCCUUGGUCGCUUCCAAGUUGGCCGGCUUGAGGCUGCGAUACGACUUGGCAAAGGACACGUCGGCGCCGUUGUGGAUGACGGCGUGCGCCUCGGCGAAUAUGCCCGCGAGCUCCUCCUCGGGCAGCCCGAAGCCCGGCAGCGCCAGGUCCCCGCGGUGCGUGACGACCUUGGCGGAGCUGAACAGCGGGACGUCGUGCCGGACGGCAAGGCAGUGGAUCUUCUUGACGAUGCCGUCGCUCAGCAGGCGCGCGAGGAUCGCCUGGCCGAGGAAGCCGGUCGACCCGGUCAGCACCACGACCUCUGGGUUCGUGAAGAAGUCCUUCUUGACCGGAACCGUCCGCAACGCCGGCGAGACGGCGGUUUCGUCUUCCCAGUCCACGUCCACGUCCACCGUGCCGCCGGACUGCCCCGGACCCAGAUCCGAACCGCCGCCGCUCGAAAGCUCCUGGAUCAGGGCUGCCAUGCCGCCGAGCGUGCUGGCGUCAAAGAGCUGAAAGAGCGAAACCGCGACUUUGAAGGUAUUCUGGAUGUUGGCUCGCAGGCCGAUGAGCAACAUGGAGCUGCCGCCGACGUGGAAGAAAUCAGACGCGGCUGUGAUCUGGUGCUGAGACGAGACCUCUCUGGGCAGGAUGCUCUCCCACAGCUGCUUCAAGCGCGACUCGGUGCCACUGAGGCUCUCGCCGACGGGAGGCUGAAGCUCUCUGUCGCCUGUUUCGGUCGCCUGGGGCAGUGGGAUCGACUUGAGAGCGGACCGGUCAAGCUUGCCCGAAACAUUGGUGGGCAUCUUUUCCAGCACGACGAGCGCGGCAGGCUUCAUGUAUUGAGGCAGGGGAAGCUGGUGGAUGACGUGGUCGAGACGAUCCUUGGCGGCGGUCGGACCGGCCGUGGCAAAAGCAACGAGGUACUCGUCCGAGGUGGUGGUGGCCGCCGACUGCGCGACGCCGACGACACAAUCGACGAUGGCUCCCUUGGCGGCGUGGACCACGGCAGCCUCGAUCUCCUGCAGGUCUAUCCGCAGACCUCGCAGCUUCACCUGCGUGUCGUCCUUGAUGCGGCCCUCGAGCAGCAGGCGCCCGUUGAGCUGACUGAUGCGCCCCGAGUCGCCGGUCCGAUGCAGCUGCGUCCAGCCUUGCUUGUGGAACUCGGCCGAGGCGAAGCUGUCGUGUGCAAAACCUCGGGUGUUCAGCUCGCUGUGCAGAUAUCCGGCUACGACGCCGGCUCCUCCUAUCAGCACCUCCCCUGGCAUCCCGGCCGGGACGGCCUUCAUGCUGGAGGAGUCCACAAUGUAGGUGGAGUAGUUGGGCAGCACCUCAAGUCCCAUGUUUUGGCUGGUCUCCUCGGCCCAGCAGUCGACGUCGCGGAUGUGGGAGCAGAAGGUGAUCUCCGUUGGACCGUAGCAGUCCACCAGACGCAGUCCUGGCUUGUCGACUGUGCGGAAGGCGGCUUUGAGACCAUCCCGGAUGGGCUCGCCGCCGCUUUGUACAGUCUUCCAAGUGGAUUUGACCAGCUCCUCGACGUUCCCGUAGCGAACCCAGCUGAUGAGCUCCGAGGGAGUCGCCGUAGUGUUGGUAAUAGCGUGGUUGGCAAUGAUGGAAGAGAUGGCCACGGGGUCUGCUCGGAGAUGCUUUGGCACAACCUGAAGUGCCCCGCCGGUUGA